GCCGUGCUGUGGCUGCUCUACACAUCAGACUGAGCCUGAUAGUGGGUGGGAAAAAGGUGCAGACAGACUGUGAAGGAUAUCAAACACCUCUAGUGUGUGAUACUGUGAAAACUGUUAGCAUUAGCAACCUACUAGCAUACAGUAACAGUGGUCAUUUAGUCGAGGGCGAACUGUCCGGUCUGCAGCUGUGGCCACCAUGAACAAAAUGUAUGGAUUGUGUUUCCACGCUGUUCGCCAAACGGCAGGACUGAAGUCAUCCAGACUGCUUCAACGUAGAGCCUUCAGAGUGUCUACCCUGCACCGACAGCAGCCCUUUGACUCAACGCUGGAAAAGCCACAGUUUCCUGGAGCAUCAGCUGAGUUUGUGGAUCAGCUCGAGUUUAUUGAGCCCAAUGUGAUCUCUGGGAUCCCAGUAUACCGGGUCAUGGACCGUCAGGGCAACAUCAUCAACCCCUCUCAAGACCCCCAGCUUUCCAAAGAGACAGUUCUGAACUUUUACCAGAAGAUGACGAUGCUGAACACAAUGGACCGCAUUCUUUAUGAAUCUCAGAGACAGGGUCGGAUCUCUUUCUAUAUGACCAACUACGGCGAGGAGGGGACGCACAUCGGUAGCGCUGCUGCACUCAAUCCGAAUGACUUGGUGUUUGGGCAGUACAGGGAAGCGGGAGUGCUGAUGUACCGUGGGUUUUCUCUGGAUCACUUCAUGGCUCAAUGCUACGCCAACGCCGAUGACCUGGGAAAGGGCCGACAGAUGCCCGUCCACUAUGGAUCCAAAGAUCUGAACUUUGUCACCAUUUCGUCUCCUCUGGCCACACAGAUUCCUCAGGCGGCUGGAGCUGCAUAUGCAGUCAAACGAGAAAACAGCAACCGUGCUGUGAUCUGUUAUUUUGGGGAGGGGGCAGCCAGUGAAGGGGACGCUCACGCUGGCUUCAACUUUUCCGCUACCCUUGAAUGCCCGCUGAUUUUCUUCUGUCGUAACAAUGGCUACGCUAUCUCUACCCCCACCAACGAGCAGUACAGGGGUGACGGCAUUGCCGCUCGUGGUCCUGGUUAUGGCAUGCUGUCAAUUCGUGUGGAUGGAAAUGAUGUAUUUGCUGUGUACAACGCAACGAAGGAGGCGCGUCGCAGGGCCGUGGCUGAAAACCAGCCCUUCCUUAUUGAGGCCAUGACCUACAGAAUCGGCCACCACAGCACCAGCGACGACAGCUCCGCCUACCGCUCGGUGGACGAGGUCAACUACUGGGACAAGCAGGACCACCCCAUCUCCAGACUGAGGCACUACAUGACGGCUCGCGGUUGGUGGAGCGAGGACGACGAGAGAAGCUGGCGGAAACAGUCCCGCAAGACGGUGAUGGAGGCAUUCGAGAGGGCCGAGAGACGUCUGAAGCCCAAUCCCGAACUGCUUUUCACUGACGUGUACCAGGAGAUGACGCCCCAGCUGAACAAGCAGAGGGAAUCCCUGUGGAGACAUGUCCAGCAGUACAAAGAGCACUACCCCCUCGACCUGUACGACAAAUAAUCGCUCGGACGGGAGGGUUGAUUGGCUGAACAAAAACAUGGGGGUGGGUAACGGAGACUGUUGCACACAUUUUACUGUAAACUUAAAAAUGUAGUUUUGAUAUGACAUCUGUUGCUUCUUUUCACACAACAAAGAAAGAUUUCAGAAUUACUGAUUUCAUCCCUCUGGGUGUGGUGCCUUAAGUUACUUUACUGUCAAUUAUAAAACUACACUUACACUUAGUUUUCACACUAACUUCUCUAGUGCAGCAAGAAGCAGCAGGUUGAGUUUGAGUACAAACUAAACUGAGCAAUAAACAGUGGACGCUUACGUACUGUGGUGUUUCUCCCUUUCCCUGUAACUGUUCAUUUGGUGAUCAUGACGUCAAACAGCUUCCCUUUGUGUUUAUGAAGUGACUGGCUGACCUUGUGUUCAUGGGUUUCCUUCUUUUAAUAGUUUGUAGUAUACACACCCAGGUUUUAGGUGGGUCUGUAUGCUGUGUUGCGGUUAUUUCUCCAAUCUGUGAAGUGUACACCCAGUUAUGCUCCUGUUACAUGUUUGCUGUUUUUGUGAAAAAAUAAAACAUAAAACUUUCAGUCGUC